ACUUGAAAGGAGCUCGGAUCAUCGGAUCCUGGAGCUAUUUGUCCGAUGGCCACGGCUGAGUGGCGACCUUCAGACUGGGCCUGCCACGGGGGCGAGGCAGGGCGCCUGCUGCAGGGCCAGCAGGUGACCUCCGCCCGGUGGCUCCGCCCAGAGGAGCUCUCCUGCCACGUGCUCCGCACCGAGCGCCUCACCUGCCAGGUCUUCUGGUGCCUGCGGCUACCGGAGGUGGCUGAAGCCAUGUUGGCGCAGCGCACCAUGGAGUUCCCGGGGCGGGCAGUUCUGGGCGCACAGCGCCCGGUGCUGCAUUUGGUGGGAGGCCACGACGGGCGGGGGCAGCUGAGCCGUUGCUGGCGCAUGGAUCCACGAUCCGGGGACUGGCAGGAGGCCGCGCCGCUGCCCUCGGCGCGCAGCAUGGCCGCGGCGGCCGCGCUGGGCGGCAGGCUCUACGUGGCCGGGGGCUUCGAUGGCGGCUACUUGCGGGACGUGGAGGUCUUCGACCCUGCCUGGAACUGCUGGUCUGCGGGCCCGGCCAUGCUGCAGAAACGAGGGGGCCUCGCGCUGGUGGCGUUGCGUGGGCAGCUCUUCGCCUGCGGCGGCAAAGACGAGGACGCCAUCCACCGCUCCGCGGAAGCCUUCCAACUCCCGCGCAGCGUGUCGGAGCCUCCGGAGGGCGCCUGGCGCGCGCUGCCGGCCCUCUCCAGCGCGCGCUGCUACCCCGCAGCGCGCCGCGUCUUUGGCGCGGUAUGGCUUUGCGGGGGACUGUCCAGGGCGGGCAUUUUGAAGUCCACGGAGUUCUUGGCGCUGGACGCGGAUCGCUGGCAGCCCGGACCGGAGAUGCUCUUCGCGCGGGCCUCCGCGGCAGCGGCGGACCUGAGGAUGGGCUUGAUGGUGUGCGGCGGCUGCACCCAAGAGGGCCCGCUCGACACGGCCGAGAUCCUCACGCCUGAUGGCUUCCAGUUGCUGCCGCAGCUCGGUGGCUUCCGCAGCUCUGGCACGGCGGCGCUGGCCAUGGCCCCCAGCUGCGCAGCAGGUGAGUUCUUCCGCCAGAGGGUCCUGAUCUUCGGGGGCUUCAAUGGCAAGAAGCAUCUGAAGAGUGUGGAGGCUUUCAACGAGGAGCGGUGCUGCUUCGAGCUGGCAGGGGAGCUGCCAGAGGCGGUGCUGGGAGUCGCUGCCGCGGCUGUUUGCAUGCCGCUGCUUUGAGCUCAACCCCGCGGCUCGGUCUUCUGGCGUCACUCAUCGCGGCUCGGGGAUUUCUUCUCACGCAGGCGGUUGCCACUCGAGUGGAUGUGCCUCGCGGCCGUGGCCACUGGGGGAAAAGUUGUGGUUGGGUUG